AUGUAUUUAUCAAUAGGUAUUAGACCAGACAUUACAUUUGCAGUAAACAAAGCCAGUCAAUAUUUGGAAAAAUCCAAUAAAAUCCACUGGAAUGCUGUAAAGAGAAUUUUCAAAUACUUAAAAAGAAUAACAAAACAUGGUAUUCUUUCUUCAACCGAACAGAGUAAUCAUAUUAAAGCAUUCAGUGAUGCAGAUUAUGCUGGAGACACUGAAACCAGAAAAUCCACUACUGGUUUUGUAUUAAAACUAGAUGAUUCUGCUUGGGAGUCAACACGACAACGAACAGUAGCUCUAUCGAUUAUUGAGGCCGAAUACAUAGCAGCCAGUCAAACUGUAAAAGAGAUCAUAAAAAGUCUGAUCAAUGAUCUAGCUAUGUUCAAGGAUCCUACAACUCUACGACUUUUUACGUGGAUAAUUUGA